GCUCUCAGACUGAGCCACCUGUAGCAGGCAGCAGCGACUACACCCCGAAGCCGACGGAGACUGUGACACAGCACCGUUAUUCUGCCCGUCACACCGGACUGAGACCCGGCGCAAGACCCGAACCAUGUUCCUGAGCUACCUGUCUGUCGCGUUUCUGCUGGGCACAGCCAUUAAAGGAACCGUAUCAGAAAAUGUCACCACCAGCGGAGGACUCAAUGAGACAUCAACCACUCCUACAACUUCUCCUAUGACUUAUACUACAACUUCACCAUCAUCUAUAGCAAAAAAUGCCACAACAGAAUCUACAGCUUCACCACCAUCUGCAACAGACCCUCCCACAGCCACGGGACCCUCUACAACUACAGGAAAUGCCACAACAGAAUCUAGAACUACGAAACCACCCACCACCGAUACAGAGACAACCUUCUCUCCACCCAGCACAGAGUCCAGGACCACUAUAGAAGCAGUCAACACCACCGUUACCCAGGACAGUAACGUCACCACCAGCCACCCAACGGACUCUCCAACCAAUGGUUCAACUACAAGCCCCAAGACAAAUGCAGCCACCACACCUACUCCAGAUCCAACACUGACCACAACCAAUGGCACAACUACAAAUACACCAACCACGCAACCAAACAAUGACACAACUGGCACUACACCACCUACAGCCAACGUCACAACUACAGGUACACCAACCACGCAACCAAACAAUGACACAACUGGCACUACACCACCUACAGCCAACGUCACAACUACAGGUACACCAACCACGCAACCAAACAAUGACACAACUGGCACUACACCACCUACAGCCAACGUCACAACUACAGGUACACCAACCACGCAACCAAACAAUGACACAACUGGCACUACCCCACCUACAGCUAACAUCACAACUACAGCUACACCAACCACGCAACCAAACAAUGACACAACUGGCACUACCCCACCUACAGCUAACAUCACAACUACAGCUACACCAACCACGCAACCACACAAUGACACAACUGGCACUACACCACCUACAGCCAACGUCACAACUACAGGUACACCAACCACGCAACCACACAAUGACACAACUGGCACUACGCCACCUACAGCCAAUGUCACAACUACAGGUACACCAACCACGCAACCACACAAUGACACAACUGGCACUACGCCACCUACAGCCAACAUCACAACUACAGGUACACCAACCACGCAACCACACAAUGACACAACUGGCACUACGCCACCUACAGCCAACAUCACAACUACAGGUACACCAACCACGCAACCACACAAUGACACAACUGGCACUACGCCACCUACAGCCAACAUCACAACUACAGGUACACCAACCACGCAACCAAACAAUGACACAACCGGCACUACACCACCUACAGCCAACAUCACAACUACAGGUACACCAACCACACAACCAAACAAUGACACAACUGGCACUACGCCACCUACAGCCAACAUCACAACUACAGGUACACCAACCACACAACCAAACAAUGACACAACUGGCACUACACCACCUACAACCAACGUCACAACUGCAGGUACACCAACCACGCAACCACACAAUGACACAACUGGGACUACACCACCUACAACUAACGUCACAACUGCAGGUACACCAACCACGCAACCACACAAUGACACAACUGGGACUACACCACCUACAACCAACGUCACAACUGCAGGUACACCAACCACGCAACCAAACAAUGACACAACUGGCAACGUCACAGCUACUACACACCCAAGCAACAACACAACUUUGACUACACUCACAGCAAGACCAACCAACAUCACAACUACAGCUCCAGCGACUUCAGAAAUCUCUACAACUACACCAACUAACUCCAAUAGCAUCUCGCCUGCAACUCCCCUACCUGCCACCACAACCUCGACCUCUAACUCCAACACCACCGCUGCAAACACAGAACCCACUGCUGGAACCCAACCCACUUCACCCAUCUCCACCUCCCCCACCUCCCAAGGCAGUAGCACUGCACCCUCCACUGGAAAUACCACCACCCUUAGUCCCACAACACCAACCUCAGGAGUGACCACUCCCACUGCAGUAACCACCACCACGACUCCUCCAACCGAACCACAAACUGGCAAUACAACAGCCUCCACCACCACCACUCCAGCCUCAACCACCCCCGCUGCUUCCACCAACACUGUCACCACCCAGCGUCCAACAGAAAUCACAACUAACUCCACCACAGGCCCGACCAUCCCGCCCCCCAUAGUGUGUCCUGCUGUCCCGUGUCCACCUGAUAGCACCUGUCUUCAGGGGACCUGUCAGUGUAUCUCUGGAAGCUUCCUACAGGGCGGACGCUGUGUACCUGCCCAAGUGUUCCCAGGCCAGCUUCAUAUCACUUCCGUCAACUUUGUGGAGGAAAUGAGGAACAGAUCCUCACCAAUAUUCCAGGAAACGGCAGCUAGUAUCACAGCAGCGCUUGGAGAGGCCCUCAGAAAUGAGCCAGGGUAUAGACGGUCUGAGGUUGUCCAGUUAGAACAAGGAAGUGUGCUAGCAACUGUAAAUAACAUCUUUGAAAACACCAACGUCACUCAGGAUUCGGUUGACCAGUCCAUUAAGAGUGCUAUCAACAACUCAGAUACAAACGGAUUGUUGGCUGGUGCUACGUUUGCAGCUACCAACCUGUGUCAGCAGCAGCCAUUACCAUGUGAUGUCGACACUACAACAUGCACAAAUAAAGAGGGCCGAGCUGUUUGUUUCUGUAAAAAGGGCUUCAUCUCUUUGUUGUACUCAAACACCAGCUGCAGAGCGUGUCCAAGUGGGCAGCAGGCUGUGGGAGACACGCAUUGUGAACCAUGUUCCUUUGGAUAUGCUGGUUUCAACUGCAGUGACUCGUCCCUGCUGGCUGUAGUGGUCAUCUCGUGUGUACUGGGAGGAAUUCUACUCAUCAUAGUCCUGGCUCUGCUCAUAUUCUGCUGCUGUAGGGGAUGCUCACAAAGCAAGCCAGACCACAGCAGGAGUCCAUACUCGCCAGGUGACAGGAACGAGCCCUGGCCCACCGGCAUCACCCCGAUCCCCCGCGCCACCACUAAAUUUGAUGCAGCCCCUCCCAUAGAAAUGACAGAAGGGGGCAGCACCAAUAACCUGGUGGACAAAAAUCAUCACACCAAUGGACUGGGGUUUCAUCCGAAGCAGAAAGGAUGGAAAAAGUCAGGAUCAUACGAUCUCAACCCCGACGGGAUGAGGACCUUCAAAGGUAAAAAUCCGUCACGUUACUCCUAUCUGGUUCAAGGCCAUGAGAACCCGUACUUCUUACCGGGAGAGGGCAACAAAAACUGAAAGACUUUCAAGGCCAGCUGGGGAUGAAAUCCACACAGGACUGAGGAACAAAAAGAAGUCUGACGCAUAACUUAAACAUGUCUGAACUUGCUUGGACUAACGCCAGAUCACAAAGGAAAAACAGCCACCAAAGAGAUUCUUUCAUCGAGCGAGAACAUUUGAACAAUUUGUCGGAAGUGAGGCUAGUCGUUGCAUCAUGUCUGUUCUUUUGAAAAGAGCUGAAUGGUGCCAGUAGAUGUCGCCAUUGCUCAGUGUAAUGUUCCUUUUUUUAUGCUUAAGAUAAAUCAAUUAUGUAGACUCUAAAGAAAAUGGAGCUUCUAACAUGCUAAUUGCACUAAACUGUGUCUAAGUUUACCCUCAGUUUUCCUCUCCAAUCAAUGUUUGCUUUCAGGGGCUGCUAGAUAUUUUUCUUAAGGGUGUGAUUAUUUAAAAAACAAUAAAAUCGUGUAUAACAUAAGGGGCUGGAUCCCUGUUUUAGGGUAUUAUUAAAGGGAUUUAUAUUGUAGCUCAGUACUCUAUUUGUUGACGCUGUACUUGCGAAACGUGCCUGUUUUUACGGUCUGUUUGACAAAUAGGAAAACAUGCAAUGUUGUGACAAAGCCUGUCUCCUGGAUGUGCCAAUUAUCACUUGUAUACAUUUUCUUCUGAAAACUCUUAUAGAUAUUUAUCCUUGUGUGUCUGAGGCAGUGCACUAUUUUAUAAGUGUUUAAAGGUUUUGUAAAUGAUUGAAGAUCUUUUAGCAAAGAAUGUGUGUGUUUGUGUGUGUGUGUGUGAGAGAGAGACAGAGAGAGUGCAAUGAAAAUAAAUUAAUUUAAACACAA